CGGCAGAGACCUUCUGCACGCCCAACAACAAUAUCAACCCCAACUCCAAGACUAUCCCCACAUCUACCUUAUUGAUUCUCCUUCUCUUUCUCUAUACUCUAUAAAUAUAUAAAUACACAACUUUACGUUUGUGGAUAAUACCAAUAUACAAGUGAAAAAUUCAAUGAAUAAUAAAUAAUAGGAGGUGGGGGAAGAGUUGAUAAGAAACACGAGACUUCUCCAAAGAAAGAGCCAAACCAAAGCUAAAGCUACGGCAAAAGAAGAAGAACAAAGCAAAGGAAAACCAAGAACCAGAAUAAGACGGGCUACCCCUCUCUUUCUUUCUUUCUUGGACUGAUUCUCUCUUUCUCUCUCUCUUUCUUUCAUAUAUGCUUUCAAAAGCAUUUUAGCAUACCAACGAAGCAAGCAUAAGGGAACAAGCAAAGGAAGGCAAGUGUUGUGUUUGAGGAGGAAAAAAACAGAAGAAAGGUAAAUAAAGAUAAAGUUUUUAGGUUGGGAAAAAAAGAAGUGAAAGGGAGCAGGCAGAAAAUUGUCAUGUUGGUGUUAUUCUUGGAAAUGGCUUAAAAAGAUUCAUUCAUUCACUCUUUAACCUCACUUACUCUCUCUCUCUCUAUCUAUCUAUCUAUAGAGAAUCAAAAAGCUUCUUUCUUUUUCCCCUUUCAUAACUUGUCCUCAUUCUUUACAUUUCUUUGGUAUUUUCUUGAAGGGUGUCACUGAAGAGUCCGCCUUGGUUUAGGGAAUCUUCUUCUCUAUUCAUGCUGUUUAUGUGUUAACCUUUAAUCAGAUAACCCCACCCACUCACGAAUCACACAUCUCUUCAUUACCAUCUUCCAACUUAGAAUCCCUUUUCUAUCUAUAUAUAAAUUCUAUCUACCUUUCCCUUCUCAAUUCUGAUCAUAUGGCUAUUCAAGCUCAAUAUCCAUCAAAUGUUCUCUUUCUAAACAGAAAUGUACAAGAGGGAAAACCCCCACUUGGUAAUGAUUAUUCAUUGCAAUCUCAACCUGGUGGUGGUGGCGGAGGAGGAUCUUUUCUUGAUCAAACACAAAUGCUAUUCAAUCCAGGAGCUGGGGCAAAUUCAAGAAAGAGAGGAAGAGAACUUACAACUACAACGGGAGCAAUGAAUCCAUUGAUGUCAAUGCAAUCUCAGCCUCAACCGCAGCUCAUCGACCUCACUCAGCUUCACACAUCGCCUCCUUCGCAGCAACAACCACCAAACCUUGUCUCCACCGGACUCCGUUUAGCUUUUGGAGACCAACAUCAACAUCAAUUACAGCAACAACAUCAUCAUCAUCACCAUCUCUCUCUUUCUCCUCAAUCCUCUCAAUCAUCAGCCUUCUAUUCAAUAUUAACAGAAGACUUAGCUACUCAUAUCAAACAACAACGCGAUGAAAUUGAUCAUCAUCUCCUAAUUCAGGGAGAGCAAUUGAGGCGUACGUUGGCAGAAAAAAGGCAACGUCACUACCGUGCACUGAUCGGAGCAGCAGAGGAAUCAAUGGCGCGAAAGCUAAGAGAAAAAGAAGCUGAGAUGGAGAAAGCAGCGCGACGAAACGCUGAACUAGAGGCGCGUGCAGCGCAAUUGAGCGCCGAGGCUCAGGCUUGGCAAGCUCGGGCUAGGGGACAGGAAGUAACGGCAGCGACGCUUCAAGUCCAGCUGCAACACGCGAUGAUGAACGGCGGCGCCGGAGGUUGUAACGAGAGAGACAUCGGCGAACCGGAGGAUGCUGAAUCGGCAUACAUUGACCCGGACCGAGUGGUUAUGUCGACCGGUCCGAGUUGCAAAGCGUGUAGAAAACGAGUCGCUUCAGUGGUACUAUUGCCGUGUCGCCAUUUGUGUGUGUGUACAGAAUGUGAUGCAGGAGCUCAAGCUUGCCCAUUGUGUUUCUCCAUUAGAAGCUCAAGUGUUGAAAUCUUUCUCUGUUAGAAGAAGCCCAAAUCAUGGCCUACUUUGUUUUUCGGCCCAAAUCCGAACUUUUCAAAUUAAUGUUCUAAUGGUAAAACAAAAAGGAGUUUAAUUUUAAAGAAAAAAAAAACAGUAAACACAAAUGAAGAAAACAUGAAACAAAAAUAAUAUUUCAUUUAA